CAUCACCUCGUUCCGUUGAUUAAUAUGUCUUUCUUCAGGCCGUUUUAUAGUAGUUCUUCAGUACAAGGGACUACAAAAGUACUGUACCUAGAUCGAUACGUACAAUGACACAAGAUAGCUAUUACCCCCUGUCAGAAUAGGUGCACUUCUUGUAUACGAAAAGAAAUUAGAUCCAUCUCUACAUUAAAUACGAAGAUUCCAUGGCGCAUCAAGGUUGUAUGGCCGUAUUAUCUCGAUGGUGGUUGUUGGCAUCCUCAUGGGCGUGGGUGAAGCUUGAAGGUGUGGCAGGAAACAAUCAUAAUCCCUACCUAAGCUAAGCUAGGGUGACGUCCGCUUUUAACAUCUCCAAUCUAGGAGGAGAUCAAAAUUGACAUUGGAGAUCCCUACAUUGAAGGGGCUCUAUCAAGCAAACAUUACGACAAUUUCCUUUCGCGAAUACAAUAUCGUAUCGCUCUAAGGACACAAUGGCAGAUUCGAAGGCUCCGAAUCCGGUCGUCUUUUUCGACAUCGCCCUCGGUGGGCAGCCACUGGGCCGCAUUAAGAUGGAAUUAUUCGCCAAUGUUGUCCCUCGCACCGCGGAGAAUUUCCGUCAGUUCUGUACCGGCGAGACGAAGAAUCCCCAAGGACAGCCACAAGGCUACAAGGGCAGUAAAUUUCAUCGAGUGAUCAAAGAUUUCAUGAUCCAAGGUGGUGACUUCAUCAAGGGUGAUGGCACGGGCAGUGCUACGAUUUACGGUACCCAAAAAUUUGCAGAUGAAAAUUUCAUCAUGAAGCACGAUAGCCCAGGAGUGCUCAGUAUGGCUAACUCUGGCCCAAAUACAAAUGGGUGUCAGUUCUUUAUAACUACUACGCCGACUCCCUUUCUUGACAACAAACAUGUUGUCUUCGGAAAAGUCAUUGACGGGAUGGAUGUUGUCCGUAUGAUAGAGAAUACCAGGACAACAAGAGAUAAACCAAACCAGGACGUAGUUAUUGUACAGUGCGGAGAAAUGUGACCUUCGCUAGCUUGUGAUACCGUCGAGAUCUACACAGAAAGAAUAAAAGAGGGCUAAAAG